AUGAGUAUAGAAGAUGUAAUGUCAGAAGCACUUAAAGUGGGGUAUCAGAUAGAUGAAAAAACAUUAAAACAUAAUUUUGAUUACUUUAAACAUAAUUUAAAUAUGUGCGAAUGUGCACUUUGUUAAUGUGGAAAUUGUUAAUGCAAGAAUCCAAGAUUUUAAUUAGCUACAUCUUAUAGAAAAAGAUCUUUAACACCUAAAGUAAGUGUAAGGGAUACUCCAAUCACUGUGAGUCGAAGUUUUUAUUAGACUUUUGAGAAUUCUUAUAGAUAGAUGCAAGGUCUGCCUAAUUAGUUUGUUACCAGCAAUUAAAGAUAAUAUAGAGGAUUCAGUUUGACUGGAACUCCUGCUAGAUUUGCUAAUUCUAGAGUGGCUAAUCAUUCAUCAUUUGAAGGUAGCACCAGUUAUCAAGAGUUCUUUUCAGAUAAACCUAAAUAAUAGAAUGUGUUAUUUAAGAGACCCUAUGAGAGACAUACAGGUCCUUUGAAAAUUAGUCAAUUAGAAACUUAGAAUUAAAGGGUAUAUCAAAGAUUGAAGAUAGAACCUAAACCAUCUACCUAGUAUUAAAAUUAAAGAGAUUAAAUUUUUAAAGUGUAUAUUCAAUUUAUAAAGACAUUAGCAAUUUAUCUAUUCCUAUGAAUACAAUGUAUUAAUCAUCAUUUCAAGAAAUUGGUGAUUAAAAUUAAUCAGUGGAUAGAGAAGAGUGUAAAAAGAGAAAAUAAGAGGAUCUUUAGUGCAUAAAUCAAAUGAUCUUGCCUUUUUAAGCAAAAUCAGUUGCUAACUAAUAAUAUAGAUAUAAACCUUUAUUUUUGUGUCCAGCUAAAUUAUAAAAAUAUUAAUGA